AUGGCCUUUUUAGCAGAACCUGUCAAAUCAAAACUUUAUAUUUCUUCUUCUACUACUACAUUACCAAAGUCGCGGCAUGUGCAGAUCAUUGAGGGUCAUCCUCUUAACCACCGUGUUGAACUUUUAGUUCCUAGUCUUUUGUCGCCUCAACAGGAAAAAAAUUUUUUAAAAGAGGCUAUUUAUUAUAAAGCCGAUAUCCCUUUAUCUUACUUUAUCGAGCGCUCUUUUAUACAAGACUAUUUACAAAAAGGACGUGUUGUUGCUCAAAGCUUGGGUGAGGGCAUUGAUGUAUCAAAUGUUAUCGCUCUUGAUGGAUCAGGAAUCCUCAUUCUAAAUUUAACUAAAGAUACUUAUGAACAACUUGGGUUGCCUGGAAAACCUUCAAAGUUUGGGCCGAAUAAGCAACGAUUCGUUGUACAGAUUAAUUUACUUGAAAAAUCGAUGCUUCCCGGCAAGAAGGGCUUCGAACGUAUUAAAUGGUGUUUUAAUAAUACAUUAAGCGAACCAUUUCCAUUUAUAAUUUCUUAUGUAGACUUUGCAACGCAAGAAACACAGAAAAUAACAUUUCCACCAACAUUUAACGCUAAGGAAUUUACAAUUGAAAUGGAAUUUGAAAAGUUGAAUAAUAUUAAUUUUCCGGACAUGGAAAUAAUAAAGACAAUAUCUCAGGAGAGUAAAUGGAAGUCAGAUGCUAUAGAGAUUUAUGAUUGGAUCGGAAUGGCAUCACUUCGAACGCAAAG